AUGUGCGUGUGCUUGCGUGCGUGCGUGAUCGCCUGACGGUAACACAGGUGCAUUCAUCAGUUCACUCAUUGGCCUGUGACUGAAAAACACACAGCAACGCUUGACUGACUUUUAAAGCCUAUUAUAAAGAGGAGCUCUUCAAGGGGGGGCCGAUCCAGUUUUAGUUUCAAUACAAGUCUAAUACCUACAGUUAUGGGAAAUCGGCUUAAUAAAUCAUCCAGUGGAGUAGGGUUUACCAGAAAAGCUUUUGUGUUUUUGAUGACAAAAAUGGAAAAACAAAAACAAAUAAGCUUUUUCAGUUUUUCUGGGAUGAGUUUUAUAACCCUCAGGGAGCCUGGCGCAGAAGGCAGGCAAGAGAGAUCGGUGAACUUUUGGCCAGAGAUUCUGGAGGCAGCACUGGCACGCACAGAGCAGGCAGAGCUAUAGAGCUUGUGUUUCCUCUUUCUCUCUUUCUCCCUUUCUCUUCCUCUCCCCCAGGGACAGGCCUGAACAUGCAGAUUAAAUGACUGUGCAUCGCUCCCACACACAGCCUGGGCACACAGAACCGGCUCAAACCGGCCGCCGCCGGCUCGCCUCUACCUCUGAUCACGGCUGGUUGCACUAAGACGGCCACUAGUGCCAUGGCGCAUCUGUCUUCACAUCACUAUCCAAUCAGAGUCUGAACGCCAAAGACACAUCAAGGAAACACAUGAUCAGUGAGUCAUGGUCCUCUUGAAGGGGUGAGGGACUAUGAGGUAGUCCGACCCAUCAGACUACAUACUCUGCAGAAAAGAGAAACCGAGUCAUCCAGGCCAGAAACGUUGAAGUAUGCAAUGAGAGUGGGUGGGAGAGACAUUGAGAUGCAUCUGGAGAAGAAUAGGGAAUUAUUCACGAAAGACUAUAGUGAGACUUACUACACUGAGGAUGGCACACCAGUCACCUCUACGCCUCAGGAUAUGGAUCACUGCUACUAUCACGGCAGUAUUGUGGAUGACAGUGAGUCUACGGUCAGCAUGAGCACCUGCGAUGGACUCAGUGGAUAUUUCAGAACGGCCGCCCAAAGGUACCUGAUUGAGCCCCUGUCAGGGGGGGAUGAUGGUGAUCACGCAGUGCUGAAAUACGAGGACCAGAGCCCCAAGCCUGUGGUGUGUGGAGUCACUAAUACUACCUGGAACGAAGACUACCCUUCCAUUACUGGCAGGAGCCGUUCUCGAGCCUCAGGUCCAUCUAUACUUCAACAGCAAAAAUAUGUUGAGCUUGUCCUCGUUGCAGACAACCGUGAGUACAAGAAGAUGGAGAGUAAUCGGGGAGAGCUGCGUAAAAGGAUAUUUGAAGUGGUUAACUUUGUCAACAUGGUGUAUAAGCCUCUCAACACCUUUAUUGCCCUGGUUGGUCUGGAGGUGUGGUCAGACAGCGAUAAGAUAUCAGUGACCGCCCCUGCUGGUGCCACCCUGGACGCCUUUACCACGUGGAGGAACAACGACCUGGUCAAGACUAAGCCCCAUGACAACGCACACCUCAUCAGUGGCAUUGACUUUGAGGGAUCGACGGUGGGUCUGGCCUUCAUCGGGACUCUAUGUUCAGGUCAUUCAGCUGGGGUGGUGCAGGAUCACAACCCCAGGGCCAUAGCUGUGGGGGCAACAUUGGCCCAUGAGAUGGGCCACAAUCUGGGCAUGAACCACGAUGACUCCAGUGCCUGUGCUUGUUCUGGGCAUAGCUGUAUAAUGGCUGGGGCCCUCAGCUGGGAUAUCCCAAAGUCAUUCAGUAGCUGCAGUAGUUCGAGCUAUGACCAGUUCCUGAAUAAUCGUAACCCUGAGUGCCUACUGAACAAGCCAGACUACCGAAAUGUGGAAUCAACCCCAGUGUGUGGGAAUGGCUUUCUGGAGAAAGGAGAGGAGUGUGAUUGUGGCUCCCUGGAGGAGUGUACAAACCCUUGCUGUAAUGCCACCAGCUGCACACUGACCAAAGGCUCCGAGUGUGCUGCAGGAGAGUGCUGUGAAGACUGUAAGAUCAUGGCCUCGUCCACAGAGUGCAGAAGGAAACAUGAUGACUGUGACCUAGCGGAGUACUGUACAGGGAAUUCAGCCGUCUGUCCUGAGGACGUCUUCUCCGUCAAUGGGAUCUCCUGUGACAGAGGGAGGGGCUACUGCCGCAACGGCCAGUGUCCACAGCAUCACGACCAGUGUGUGAAAAUGUAUGGCCCAUCUGCUGAAAAGGCCACAACGUACUGCUAUAACCAGAACACCAGAGGACUGUACUACGCCUACUGCAGACGGCCUUCACAGGACCAGUUCAUCCCCUGCCAGAGCCAAGAUGUGCAGUGUGGGAAACUCUUCUGCAAGAACGGUAACGAUGACCCCAACUAUGGUCGCAUGGUGAAAUUCUCCGACUGCAAAGCCACAUUCUACGGUGAUCACACCAGUGACUUUGGACAGGUGAACACGGGGACCAAGUGUAAUGAUGGGAAGGUGUGCAGCAAGAACGAGUGUGUGGAUCUUGAGACAGCCUACGGACCCAAAGCCACCAAUUGCUCAGCCCGGUGCAAAGGACAUGCUGAGUGUAAUCACAGAAUGGAGUGCCAGUGUGAACCUGGAUGGUCACAGCCAGGCUGUGAUACAAAGGAUGGAAGCUUCACGGGCCUCUCCAGAGAAGGAGUGAUUGGCAUUGCAGUGACAGUCUCUCUGCUGCUCCUGGCUGCUAUUGCUGGGGCAGUGGCUGUGUUCCUAAAGAAGAGACGACAGUCCCCCACUCUGCCUAGCCACCAUACCCAGAAGAAAAUCCAUGAAGUGGACAACCACAUCCAUAACCAACUGCCAAUCCCCAGCCAAAACAAAGCUAUGCCACAGCAGCCCAAGCGACCAAAAGUAGCUCCGCCCCCACCCCCUCCAGCUGCUAACCAAUCACAAGCCCCGGUCUAUGACUUCAGGGCCGUACGACAGGCUCUGAGACCACCACCACCACGUGUCUGAUGUCAACAUCUAAAGGAGAAGAGUGGAAACAGGAGGAUCUCAAACCUUACCAAGACCUCAAAUGUAGGGUCACAACUGCCAGGCCAGCCAGAGCACAGUCAGUCCAGAGACCUCACUUCUUUGGGAUCAUUUUACAGAACCCAAGACUAGAGACAAGUUGGCUCUGCCACCACUUCUGAAAAAGCCUGGUCCCAGAUCUCUUUGUUCUCUGGCCAACUCCAUUGCUCAUUGUUUGGCAUGACAAUGAGUGACAAGGAAUUGGCAUGAUGGCACAAACAGACUGGCACUCAGGCUACCUAUGAAGCUCAAGGAAUGUGUUUGUGCCAAUGAUGUGCAAACUCAGUAUAGUGACAAAUAUGGAAUGGACUGAAGAGUCCUCUUUUUAUGAGGAACGUCUUAAAAAAAUUACACUUUUUAGUAUUAAUUUUAUACCUGUAAUUUAUUUGUCACUGCCAUGUGAGGGAGUGAGUGUUCAGUAUGUGAUAAUAUGCCAUUUAUUUUUGUACUAUUACAUUUGUCAAUGGUGACUGUUUAUUCCCGACUUUGGCUGAGUACUGAGUCUACAGUAAAUAUUUUUUAUUAAUUCAAAGUAUUACUGAGGACAGCCAUUGCUGACUAAAGUUCUGUAUAAAAAAAAAAAAUACACAUGCUCAAUACUGAUAAAGUUCCUGAAUUUUAGAUUGAGUAAGUCUAGUGAGCAAGAAUUUA